UUCUUCCUUAUGCAGAUUAUGUUACCUUAUUGAAAAUUCAGAAUGCAGUUCAUUCAUUCAGAAGCUUAAUAGAAUGUAAAGAAUCUGACUGUGAACUGCUUAGAGGAACAGUUAAAAAAAUGGAAAAUAAGGUAAACAAGCUACAAAAAGAGCUUUUGGAAGCAAGAGAAAUGAAUUCACAGUUAGAACGUCAAAAUGUGGCAUGGGAACGAGAGCUCUGCAGUAUGAGGGAGAAACAAUACAAUGAACAAGUUUUGCAGAAACAGCAACUUGAAAGCACUCUCCAACCACUAAAAUUUGAACUGAAGAGCAGAAGGGAUAAACCGAGUCAGGACACAAUGAAUUUUGAGGUGUCUGACCCAAAAGAUAAUGGCGAGGUGCUUCCUCCGCAACUUCCUGAAGCUGAAAGUCAAUACCGUGGCCCGGAAAUUGAGCUACAUCCCAGAAGAGAAGCUCUUAGACCAGUGACGGUAUUAGAAUGUGCAAAUCUUAUAUCAGAUGUAGGAUUUUCAAGUGCCGCCUCCUAG